UUUACUGGCACUGUCAGCUCCCUGCUCGCUCUUGACGAUAAGUAGUCCCGCCUCCAGCGCGUAAAGCCAUAUUGCGCCUUUACGCACUGUCCUCACUUAGAGAAGCGGGGACCUAAAGAAGAUGCUGUUCGUAUUCAGGCGAGAUACUCGCAGCAUUUAAGAUCAUUGUUCCCUCAAGAAUUGCCGUGGACAACCCAGAGGCUGCAAAAAUGACUGCUAAAGCCACAGGGUGCACCAACGCUUCCAUCCAAGUUUGCGAAAACAAGACUAAUGCCGGUGGGAAUGUAUCUGUUGGAUUUCCAAUAUCCAUGAUGGUCACUGGCGUAGUUGGCAACUCUUUGGCUCUCAUUCUGGUGUACAUAUCAUACAGAAAAAAGGAAAACAGAAGAAAAAAGUCUUUCUUACUUUUCAUCGGAUCUUUGGCUUUGACAGAUCUGUUCGGACAACUUUUGACCAGUCCAGUUGUUAUAUCAGUAUAUCUGGCUGAUUUGAACUGGUGCGCAAUUGACACUACUGGGAAGCUGUGCAAAUACUUCGGUGUUUGUAUGACAACUUUCGGGCUGUGUUCUCUCUUUUUGGCCAGCGCCAUGGCUUUAGAAAGGGCCAUGGCGAUAACAAACCCCCAUUGGUACUCUAAUCACAUGAAGACAAGCAUGACAAAGCUGACACUGGCUGCCAUAUGGUGUCUUGGGUUUCUCUUUUCUCUGCUGCCUAUUGCGGGGAUCGGGGAGUACACGAACCAGUGGCCGGGCACCUGGUGCUUCAUCAGCACCGGGAAGAGUGAGGCUCCUGGCAAUGUGUUUUUCGCCAUCACUUUCGCUGUUCUUGGGAUUUUCUCGCUACUUGUGACACUAUCCUGCAAUGUGAUGACUAUCAGAGGUUUGAUCAUCCGGUGUAAAACAAAGACUGGUGCAUCCCAGUCUUCAAAGCAGUGGGAGCGUCUUACCACGGAGACUGUCAUUCAGCUCUUAGGAAUCAUGUGCGUCCUGAUUAUUUGCUGGUCUCCUUUGCUGUUAUUGCUGCUGAGGAUGAUCUACAGCCAAGUAUCCUCCCAAGAAUGUAAGUCAACAAACACAACAUCCAUUUCCAUCCAGAGCAAAGUUUCAAAUCUCGACUGUGACUUCUUUCUGACCGCAAUACGUUUGGCCUCCCUCAACCAAAUCCUGGACCCGUGGGUCUACCUGCUCCUGAGAGAGAUCCUUCUGCGAAAGUUCUGCAUCAUGGCCAAUGCCGUCUCCAACUGCUCCGUAGAAGAUCAGAAGGGGAGCCAGACAGCACUGGAUGCUCUCAACAAACAGAAUCAACAUGGCAACAACAUUUGUAAAGCAACAAGUAACUAAAUCAGCGUUUGGCAAUAAUUACCAUCCUAUGACCUUUUGGUCAAAAAUGCUUUCAGAACUAAAGAAAUAAAAAAGGAAAGCAAAUAAGUGCAUAACCUGCUACACUAGGACUGUGCAGUGGGAUGCAGCUGAGCCUCCUGUACAGGUACAGGCAUCUGUUUUGUUUAAAACACAUUUCAUAGAAGGGUACUGAACCAGCAUGUGAAUGCAUGACUCUGCCAUCCCUUAAAUCUGGCUGCUGUGCGGCCAUCAGAACUUUCUUGUGACCAAGGUUAAUAUAAACUUUUGAUAGAUGCAACAUCUGCAUGAGGGUUACUUCUGACUGAUAACUCAUUUGAGGCAAUGGGUUGAUUGUAAGACUAUCUAAUGUAAGUUUUGUUGAAUGAAGAAGACUAUGAGAAAAGUGCUGAAAAUAUGUUGUAAAUAACUUUGCUUUCUCUUCUGUGAUGCAGGUCAUUUUGCUUAAGAAUCAAUCAUAUAUAUUCUAAACUGGAGCCUAUGGUUGAAAAUACUGUUAUUUAUUAGAGUCUGUAAGAUUUUGUCCUAAUGAAGUUAUCUAUCUGGUUCCACUUUUUGCAAAUUUAUACCUGCCUGCACAUCGCGCUUCUUGACUACCAGCUAGGAUUAAUAAAUGUGAAGCUUGGUUGGCAGGUCUCAUCCUGAACAUUAAAUACAUUGCACAUGUAGACCAUCUUCUGCAGUAUUUGUUUCAAAUACCCAAGAAACUGAUAAUAAAAUGUUAUGUUAUGGAAUGGCGUGUAUACCUGCGGUGAGUGACAUAAUGAGGUCAUGGCACAAAACUACUUGUUAGGGAACUGUACACUCUGCAACUUGUUGCAGACUGUACAGUAUUUUCACCAGCCAGUUAAUAACAUGUUAUGGUUUUAUAUUACAUACGUCAAAGUAGGUGCACUGUGUACAGUAUGUUUAAAACUGACCACCACUUGAAAUUAUAUUCAUCAUAUUUAAAUUGUUUUAUGUAUAUGGAUUUUUAAUUAACAUCUUGCCUGCAGUGGAUAGUAUCUGAAGUACAAAUGUAUAUAAGUUUGUGCUGGAGGGUAAAGCCAAUAGCUUGGUCAAAGAGGGCCUACAUAAAAGGAGCUUAAAACUUAAAACCUCCUAAAACAAGUUCCAGCUCAACAGCAUCAUAGCAAAUGUUUUUUAUAUACCUUUUAACAUUGAUAACACAAAGAGAAACGAUUAUUUACCCUGAAAAAGGAGGUUGGAGGUGGUGCACCAGCAGUGACCUUCCUGUGUUACCGAAAUUGGAAUAAGUAAAGCAUUUAUACACUAAAUUAUUGUGGUGCCAAAGGCAGAAAUACCAAAGUGCUAUAUGUGAUUCUGUGUGGCGUUGGUCCCUUGUAAGAAACCAGCCUCUUGUCCUACGCUUUGCUUCGUACAGAGGGUCUGGAUUCUUGGCUGUUGACAAAUUGCUUGCUUGAACUCUGUUGGGGUUUUUAAUUUAACCCAGUGGCAAAGGUUUACCCAUGAUAUAUGUAAUGUGCCAGUUUGAUGUUACAAAGCUUACCAGAAAUUGCAUUCUUUGUAAACCACUAUCCUUCACUUAGAAGAGAGACACAGUUGAGGAUAUUUAUAUCUUGUUAACAGUUGACUGAAUGGCUUCGUUCACUUCCUCUACAGCCAUUGGUUAAACUGUAGGUAGAGUAGAAUACUAUAAAAGUGCAGAAACCUCUCCUUCUGUUCACUAAUUGGUCGGGUUUAAAUUUUAUUGGAGGAAUCCAAUAAAGUGAGAAAAAGCCCAAUUAUCGACGAAACUUAUUGAGAGCCAUGGAGGACAUAAAAAGCCACAGGUUGUAGAGCCCUGAACUAACUGUUAGCUUCAGUAUUAAUCAGCAAAUCUGAAUUUCGCAAAACUUAUUAAUUUCUCUACUGCAGGUAAGAUAUUUACAUCUAAGACAAUUACCUUUCAACAGUAACUCAAGUAAAAUCCUGAACUGUCUAAUUAGUUUUAAUAAUAUAGACAACAUUAUCAUACAAAAGUUUUUCUCAUCUGAGGUUUGUCAUAUUGUUUUGUAGUUUUGACCGUAAAUGAGGAAAUUGGUUCGUAUAUUCAUUUUACCUAUGCUUUCAUUGUUUCUAUGUGUUUUGCAUUGUACUUGACAGUUGACCUCUUGUUAGGACUUUUAAAGUGAAUAUCAACUGACAAAUAAAAAAAAAACAUGAAAAGAAGCAGAAA